GCCAAUCACAGGACGUCUUUCGAGCUUUUAACCGUGCUCUGCGCAAGGUUUGAAUUUUUUCUAUGGGUCUGAUCGACAGCAGGCUGGAAUCUUGUAUUGCAUUUUAGUGAGCGCCUGGGACGCAUAUAAGAAUCGCUCAAAGAUGGCUCAGUUCGUAUUCGACAACGACAUCCACGGCAUCUUGAAGUUGGACAUGCCAAUAACAAACGCGCCCAUGGCGAGGUGGCAAAGGAAAGCCAGCUCCUCAACCACGUCGAGCACAAACGCUUUGUCGCCUGCAAAAUCUGCCAACACAUCACUGGGUACAUCCAAAACUCCAGGUAAAAGUAAAAAAUGCACCCCAUCCAAAGCUGGAGGCGACCGCUACAUUCCUGUCCGAAACAACAAACAGAUGGAUGUGGCAAGCUUCCUGCUUUCCAAAGAGAAUGAGCAUUUGGACCUGAACAAUCCUACAACAACACUAGAAAACCAAAAAGCCUGGUCUGUCACACUCAAUGGGUAUGACAUUGAAGAGGCUAAAAUUUUGCAUUUGGCAGGGAAGCCAUUGAAUGCUCCAGAAGGUUAUCAGAACAACUUGAAAGUUCUUUAUAGUCAAGUUACAACUCCAAUCUCCACCAAAAAGACAAGAUACAUAUCUACUAUUCCUGACAGAAUUUUGGAUGCUCCAGAUCUAAAAAAUGACUUCUAUUUGAAUCUGAUUGACUGGAGCAGCCAGAACAUUCUUGCUGUGGCUCUUCACAACAGUGUCUAUCUGUGGGAUGCCACUCAAGGAGACAUCACUCUUUUGACGAAGAUGGAACGUGAUGAGGACUACAUCAGUUCAGUGUGCUGGACCAAGGACGGAAACUACUUGUCCAUUGGUACCAGUGACAACAAAGUUCUGUUGUGGGAUGUGGAGAGCCAGAAACGUUUACGUAGCAUGGCCAGCCACACAGCGAGAGUUAGCAGCCUGAGUUGGAACAAUCACAUUCUGUCCAGUGGCUCCAGGUCAGGGCACAUUCACCACCAUGAUGUCAGGGUGGCAAACCACCACAUUUUCACACUCACUGGCCAUUCUCAGGAGGUGUGUGGCCUGAAGUGGUCUCCUGAUGGCAGAUAUCUGGCCAGUGGCGGCAAUGAUAACAUGGUGUUUAUCUGGCCGGGUGUACAGGAUGGCAGCAACAGCAAUGAUGGCCAGGCAGUCCGUUGUUGGAGUGAACACCAAGGAGCAGUCAAAGCUUUAGCCUGGUGCCCAUGGCAGCCAAACAUCCUUGUAUCAGGAGGUGGUACCAGUGACCGACACAUCCGUAUCUGGAAUGUCAACAGUAACACGUGUCUCAAUUCGCUUGACACUCAGGCCCAGAUCUCUUCAUUGUUGUUUGCACCCAACUACAAGGAGCUAGUGUCUGGCCAUGGUUAUGCCCACAAUAAUAUUGUUAUCUGGAAGUAUCCUUCGCUUGCCAAAGUUACAGAGCUCAAUGGCCAUGAGGACAGAGUUUUAAACGUAACAAUGAGUCCAGACUGCUCCUCUAUUGCCACUGUUGCGGGUGAUGAGACCGUUCGUCUCUGGAAGUGCUUUGAAUUGGAUGCUGUUAAGAAGAAGGCCAAAGAGAGGAUGGGCAAACUGGCCACUGGUACAAUUCAUCAAUCAAUCAGAUGAUGGACCUCAUCAGUCAAUCAAUCAGAUGAUGACCCUGCUCUUGAAGUUGCUGAUCAUUGUUUUUAUUUCAUUUUUUUUUUAUCUACAGAAUUUAAAAAACUUUUUUUUUUAAUAUUGCUCUCCAAUAAAGGUUUUCACUUUGGUGGACAUCAAUGUAAAUGACUGCUAAAGUACUUUGAUAUUGCCUUAUGCAGUGAGUGUUGGCAUAGGCUAUAAUGUCAAAUGAUGUAGUGCUACAGUGCCCCCUCUUGUGGCUUGUUCCGCAAUUUAAUUUGCAGACUUCCAUCUUCGUCUUUAUACUUUUGGGGACUUCCGUUUUCUUCUCCUGGUACACGGUCAUUUUAGACAUCGUCAAAGGUACAGCCAAAGUAUGAAACUAAACUCGUCGUGUAUCCUAUUCGUAUGUUUUUAUUCUGUAAGAGAGACAAAUUUAUUGUGUGAGUUACUUUGUUGCUUUUGCGUUGUUUGUAUCUCUUAUCUCUAAGAGCUCCAAACUAGGGAAGCGCAUGGCAAGCUAGAAAGAACACUAGCAGGAAGGGCUGUCAGAAAAACCUAAACUAGCGCCCUUGGUAAGCGGAACAAGGAAUGUGAACAUUGUAUGCAUUACUAGAGGUGUGAUUUAUGUUCAUGCAAGGAAAAAGAAUUUCACUAUUUAAUUUGCUCAUGAGUAACACUGCCCAUGUUUGCUAGCUUAAAAGCAGUGGAUUUCUUCUGUGAACAUAAAGUUAAUACAUUUCAUUUGAAAGAAGUCACGUGGUGCAUUGCAUUAUGUUUUAUACUUGUCAUCAGCAUAUUUCAGAAGCUUGUAAUGUAUUGUCAAUUGGUCUCAUAAUUUGUGUGAGUUAUGAAACUACAGAGAAGUAUUGCAUUUAUUUUAUCAUUCUGUAGUUUUCACGGUGCUCAAGUGGAAAGAAGAGAAUAAAUAGA